AUGGAUUUUUAUUUGGAGAUUGACCCUGUUACCUUGAAUCUCAUCAUUCUGGUGUCUAGUUAUGUUAUUUUGCUUCUGGUCUUCCUGAUCUCCUGCGUGCUCUAUGACUGCAGGGGGAAGGAUCCCAGCAAGGAAUAUGCUCCUGAGAUCCCUGCAGGCACCCAGCCCCCCAUCCGGCUGGUGGUGAUGCAGCAGGGCUCCCCAGGCACCCGCUGGGCAAAGGGGCUCGUCUCCAACUACGAAAACCCCUCCGACCUGCCAGGGAAAAGGACUACUGUUGUGUUCAUGAACCACCCAGCUCCAGCCAACAGCCGCUACAAGCCCACAUGCUAUGAACAUGCUGCUAACUGCUACACACAUGCAUUCCUCAUUGUCCCUGCAAUUGUGGGUAGUGCCCUUCUCCACCGGCUUUCUGAUGAUCGAUGGGAAAAGAUAACAGCAUGGAUGUAUGGCAUGGGGCUCUGUGCACUCUUCAUUGUCUCCACAGUGUUUCAUAUCGUUUCCUGGAAAAAGAGUCACUUAAGGACAAUGGAGCAUUGCUUUCACAUGUGUGACAGGAUGAUGAUCUAUGUCUUUAUUGCAGCAUCAUAUGCACCAUGGUUAAAUCUACGUGAGCUUGGACCUCUGGCAUCUCACAUGCGCUGGUUCAUCUGGCUGAUGGCUGCUGGAGGAACCAUUUAUGUAUUUCUCUACCAUGAGAAGUAUAAGAUCGUUGAACUCUUUUUCUAUUUAGCAAUGGGAUUUUCUCCUGCUCUGGUAGUGACAUCCAUGAGCAACACCGAAGGACUUCAGGAGGUGGCCUGGGGAGGCUUGAUAUAUUGCCUAGGUGUGGUGUUCUUCAAGAGUGAUGGUGUCAUUCCCUUUGCCCAUGCCAUCUGGCACGUCUUUGUGGCCACAGCAGCUGCUGUUCAUUACUAUGCCAUUUGGAAGUACCUUUACAGAAGUCCUGCAGACAUAAUUCGUCACUUAUGAUAUAUCUAUAUAUCUAUAUAUGAAAAAAAAUAUCUGCACUUGGCCUCUGUAACAGUAUUAUUUGACUUAAGGAAUUUGGGGAAAUUGGAGAAUUGCACAGAAAAACUGCACUGACUUUGGUAGUUCUCUGAACACAGUUACUGUGAACUGACAUUCUGUGUGUCCUGCAACUGCCCACCAUAUGGCAAGUGCUGUGAGUAACCAAGAUACUGUACUGCAGUACCAAGGGUCCAUUCCAUGUUAGUAGAGCUGGUUACCUGAUGUUUACAAAUAAUUUUUGUAUUCUAGUUUCAUUUUACAAUUUUUAACUAUGUGAAUUUUUCUAAAUUAGUGAAUCCAGUGGUAAAGUCAGUGCAAUAGCAAAAAUGUAACUCUUGGUUUGAAAUUGGUUUCUAUCACCUUUCCACUAGUAAUUUAUUAAACAUGAACCACAAAUAAUCUACUUUUACCACCCAUUAUCUUGGUAUAAUGUGACUUUUAUAUAAAACUUUCUGUGUUUUU